AGAAAAAGUAGUAUUCGUGGCUUUGAGAAAUGGUUUUUGAAAAGAAAAGUGACGGAAAUCAUUUUUAUAAAAGUUCAUUUCCUUUGGAUCAACAAGUUGCCCUCCGUGCGUAAUUUCCAUCAGAUUAGAGUUCAAGUAGCCUACUAUAAUCUGCGAGACACGUGAUCGAGAGAAGUCACUUCAGCUACAACUAAUUUCAUCCGAAAAGAAGAGAGAAACGCUCUGGCUACUCUUGGGAGAAAAAAACCCAUCUCGUUGGAGUGGAGACAUCGGCUCCAUGAGACGCUUGGCUGGUCACCGUUUGGUCAUUUUGCGCGCAGAAAGUGGAACAAAACAGAAGCGGGAUCUGAACGAAUGCGGCUGAGAUUUCCUCCCAGCACCCCAGACUGUUGAAUGUGUUCUACACCCUGCCGGUUUAAGGUGUCUCACGUUAUCAGCAGCUGUUCUGAUGUCGAAGAAACGGAAAAGUCUCGACGACCCCGAGUGUCUGUCAGCAGGAAGCAGCGGGCAAGGUUUGACAGAUGAGAAAGUGAAGGCCUACCUCUCGCUACACCCGCAGAUGCUGGAUGAAUUUGUGUUGGAGAGUGUGAGUGCAGAGACAUUGGACAGAUGGCUGAAGAAGAAGACAAGCAGCAGGGCUUCAGACGACACAUCAGCAAAAGAAGUCAGCAGGCAGUACCAGGACACAAACAUGCAGGGUGUGGUGUAUGAACUGAACAGCUACAUGGAGCAGCGCCUCGACACUGGAGCAGACAACAAAUUCUUGCUCUAUGAGCUGUCCAACAUCAUCAAAACAGCAACAAAAGCUGAUAGUUUUGCACUUUACUUCCUGGGAGAAUGCAACAAUAGUUUGUGUUUAUUCACUCCCACGGGGCCUAAGGAUGGCCAUCCAAACCUCAUCCCCUCUGGCCCAGUUGCAUUUGGGACAACCAUCGCCGCUUAUGUUGCCAAAACUCGCAAAACACUGCUAGUGGAGGACAUCAAGGGGGACGAGCGAUUUCCCGACGGCACAGGGCAGGACUCAGGGAUCCAUGUUCACUCUGUCCUGUGCCUCCCCAUCCUCACUGCCAUCGGGGACCUCAUAGCCAUCCUGGAGCUGCGUCGACAUUGGGGCAAAGAGCCCUUCAACCUCAGUCACCAGGAGGUUGCAACAGCAAACUUAGCAUGGGCUUCUGUUGCCAUUCAUCAAGUACAGGUGUGCAGAGGCCUUGCCAAACAGACUGAGCUCAAUGACUUCCUACUAGAUGUGUCAAAAACAUACUUUGAUAACAUCGUGGCAAUAGAUUCUCUACUUGAACAUAUCAUGAUAUAUGCAAAAAACCUGGUGAAUGCAGACAGAUGUGCACUAUUCCAGGUAGAUCACGGCAACAAGGAACUGUACUCUGACCUAUUUGAUAUAGGGGAAGAGAACGAAGGCAAGCCCAUCUUUACGAAAACAAAAGAAAUUAGAUUUUCUAUAGACAAAGGAAUAGCUGGCCAAGUAGCUCGGACAGGGGAAGUCUUAAACAUCCCAGAUGCCUAUGCAGACCCAAGGUUCAACCGAGAGGUAGACCUCAAAACUGGCUACACCACACGGAACAUCCUGUGCAUGCCCAUCGUGAGCAGGGGGACCGUUAUAGGUGUGGUGCAGAUGGUGAACAAGUUAAGCGGAAGUGCCUUCACUAAAACAGAUGAGAACAACUUCAAGAUGUUUGCUGUCUUUUGUGCUCUGGCCUUACACUGUGCAAAUAUGUACCACAGGAUCCGGCACUCUGAAUGCAUCUACAGAGUGACGAUGGAGAAACUGUCCUAUCACAGCAUCUGCACUUCAGAGGAGUGGAAGACCCUUACCCAGCUCAACCUCCCUGAACCCAUUUAUAAAGAAAUAGAAACGUUCCAGUUUGACAUCAGUCCCUUUGAGGAGAUCUGGCCAGCUGUUUUCAUCUACAUGGUUCAUAACUCGUGUGGAAAGAGCAGUUUUGAGCUGGAGAAGCUGUGUAGGUUCACCAUGUCCGUCCGGAAAAACUACCGCCGUGUGCCCUACCACAACUGGAAGCAUGCGGUGACGGUGGCACACUGUAUGUACGCCAUCCUACAGAAAACACCUGGGAUCUUCACGGAGCUAGAGAAGAAAGGUUUGCUGAUAGCCUGCUUGUGCCACGACCUGGAUCACCGGGGUUAUAGCAACACGUACCUGCAGAAGUUCGACCAUCCACUGGCCGCUCUGUACUCCACCUCCACCAUGGAGCAGCACCACUUCUCUCAAACUGUCUCCAUCCUGCAGCUGGAAGGGCACAAUAUUUUCUCCAACCUGAAUUCCAGCGAAUACGAGCAGGUGCUGGAGAUCAUUCGAAAGGCCAUCAUCGCCACAGACCUGGCCCUGUACUUCAACAACCACCAGCAGCUGACAGAGCUUCUGACGGUGGGGGGGCUGGACUUGAACAACCACUCGCACAGGGACCGUGUGAUUGGUCUGAUGAUGACAGCAUGUGACCUGUGUUCUGUUACCAAGCGGUGGCAAGUCACACGACUCAUAGCUAACGACAUCUAUGCUGAGUUCUGGGCUGAGGGGGAUGAGAUGAAGAAGAUUGGAAUUCAGCCAAUUCCUAUGAUGGACAGAGACAAGAAGGAUGAGGUUCCUCAAGGCCAAGUGGGAUUCUACAACUCCGUUGCUAUUCCAUGCUACACAACGCUAUCAGACCUUUUCCCUCCAUCCAGUCUGCUUUUAAAAGCCUGCAAGGCUAACCUGAGUCAUUGGGAGCAGAUAGCACGAGGAGAGGUGGAGGACGUCCUGCCCAGUCGGCCUUGUGAUCCAGGCCCUGUCAAGGUGGAUAAUUGACUACCAAAGGGGCUGCUGGCCCAGCAAAGAAAUCCGAACUGAAUCCUGCCACGGACCAGGAACUUGGAAGAGGACGAACCACAUCCUGUGUCAGUGGGAAGUCAGACUAGCUCGGAGAGACUUGACUUUGAAAACACACAGUUACCUCACUGGGUGACGGAGGUGUCUACACUGACGGUUUCACCGGUCCCAGAGACUGACGGAUGUUCCUUGGGGAGGGACUUCAGCCCCUACAUCCUCCCAGCGUGGGGGUUUAUUUGGUGGAAUGGCCUUGUGUCAUUUCAGUAGUUUUAUUUGUUUUUUCUUUAUUUUAACUGAUUCCAUUUUGGUCAUGUAUUUGCAGAGGCCUUACUCUGAACCUUUAAAAAUGCUUGGACAUGUGGAUUUAUUUUAAUGUUUUCAGUUCAGGCUCCUUUUGAAGUGGUACUGUUUGCCUUUUGUGUUAAGCUUAUCAGACACACGCUAUUUCAGCAAGGUAUUCCCAGAGACGGAAGGAAUGUGUAGAGGUGAUGUAUGGCAUAGUGACACUUUAUGGAAAAGGUGGGCUUUUUAGAAUGUGCUUUAUUUUUAAAAGCAAAUGUCCUUUGCGGUACUUGAAUAAAUACAUGCAACCUAUUCUAUGUGGGGAUUGCAGAAAUCCAUCUAGAAACCUAGAUAAACUGUGAUGAGGAGUUAAUGUCAACGCUUGUGAGCACAGUCACAAGAGAGUCACACUGUUUGAAGUCUGAGGUGGAUCCUCCAGCGCUUCACGCACCCCUCCUAGCACAUAGGAACCUGCUGCACCCGUGUCUUUCUUUAAAAAGGAUCCAGCCCAGUUUUCUGUGCUUCAUUUCCUCUCGUGUUGCCAUACCUAACGCAGCAUGUUGGUGAGAUGAUCCUUUAUGGUGUGCAGUUGCUAUAUAGGCAGGCAGAAAAAAAAGUCCCUUUCAGUCACAUGUCUUACCCUCCCAUGAUUAGGUUUUACUAAAACAUGUCUGUCGCUGGGUUUGCAGCUCAAGUGUGUCAUUUAGAUAUUUUGUAUGGGCUUCACUGAUGUCCAGGCUGUAGAAGGAUGCGAAGCAUCCUCAUUUCAGAAAUCCUACCAGGAAAGAGACUAAUUCAGACUUUUUUUUUUCUUUUCCAAUGAGUUUCCAAGAUCUUCCAAAAGGCAAGUUAUUUUGUCGUAAUCUGUCCUUCCGGUGGGCAAUGUCCCGCCAAGACGUGACACUUCUGCUCAAGUCUUUCUCGUUUCUUUUUACAUUUUAUUUAACUUUUUAUACGGCUGGUACUGUGGAGUGUCAUGAAUGUACAUUUUGAUGAAUGUUUUAUUUUUUAAAUGAAAUGUAGAUUACAGGAGGUGGUGUGUGGGUGAGUGCGCCAUCAGCUUUCUGUGUGUGCGUGUGUGUGUGUGUGUGUGUGUGUGUGUGUGUGUGCGUGCGUGCGUGCGUGCGUGCGUGUGUGUGUGUGUGUGUGUGUGUGUGUGCGUGCGUGCGUGCGUGCGUGCGUGCGUGCGCUGAAAUGAUUUUAUUUUUUUCUAGGAUUGCUUCCAGUAAGCUACAACCAAGAGCAACAAUUAGCAUGCACCUUACCUGAAGUUUCUGUAUAACCUCGCAUAAUGUGGUAAAAUCUGUGUAUAGUGUGUACAAUCUAGGACUUGGCUUGUACAGACUGAGAUGUGUGUUCUGAUGGUGCUAAAUGGAAUGGCAGUUGUGCACUUUUUUACUCUGUGUGUGUGUGUGUGUGUGUGUGUGUGUGUGUGUGUGUGUGUGUGUGUGUGUGUGUGUGUGUGUGUGUGUGUGUGUGUGUGUGUGUGUGUGUGUGUGUGUGUGCCCUUUUCCUUAUUUUUUCACUCCAUCCAACAUGAUAGUCACUGCACUGUCCCUCCUUUCCAGCACCCGUUAUAUCCCAUUGUCAUGUUUAGCUUAGAUCAUUAUCAUUAUUAUUAAUUAUUAUUAUUAUUAUUAUCACUGUUGUAAUUUACCUAGAGUUAAAUUUAAAUUAACUUAAAUUUUUUAUACAAAGAAAAGUAAUGUUUGCCUUUUUUGUUUUGUACAAAGUAAACAUUAAGAUAAAUUAAGCAGACUAGACAUGUUACUGUUACCCAGAAUAACUGAGGAAUGUCUCAACUGUAAAUGUACGAGCCGUAGCCCAAAUGACUUUUAUUAAAUACAUCUCUAAGAAAAAUGUG